AUGAGUGACGAGGAACUGACUUUGGAGGGCCGGGUGAAGUCACAAAUGGAUUUUUUCUUUGAGGACAACGAGGUGCAUGCACCUAAAGGUGAGGUACUGACCCUGGAGUCAAGAGUGACGGUUGUUUUUGAGGACAACGAGGUGCAAACACCUUAUGACGAGGCAUUGACCCAGGAGGGUGGGAUGCAGUCAGUAAAUGAAGUAGUCUUUGACCUUGAGGUGUGUACACCUGUAGACGCUGAUGCGUUGGAUGCUGAGAGCAUCAUGAGUAGCGAUUAUAACAUCGUGAGUGACGGUAGUAGCGAGCAGCUAUAUACACUUGUCAAUGUUUUGACCGGGGAUGUUGAAGAGCCGGUGGCUUUUUCAGCUAUACCCACAAUAAGUGCUUUGUUAGAGCUGGACGAGUUGCCCUGUUUGCCAUUGCCUUACAUGCAGGCAACAUCGCUGAAGUGGUCGUCAUACGACCUGAGGAGGAGUUGA